UUUAGGGUCGUUUCUGUUAAGAUCUAUCAAAGUAGUUUUGGUCGUUGGUUGACAAAGAGAGCUUUUAAGAAAAACAAAACAAAAAAAAAGUUUUACUUUUUCUGGUAUGGAAAACAAAAGGCAAGUGAGUGGUUCUUCUUCUUCUUCUUCUUCAUCAUCAUCAUCUGUUUCUUUGGAUCAUCUCUUUGGUCCCAAGGACUCUUCUUCUUCUUCUUCAUCCACAAGUGGGAUUUUUGACACCAUUUUCCCUCCUCCAUCAACGGUGCUAGGGAGGGACUCCAGUCACUCUGGAAUGAUGGGGUCAUGGAAUAAUCAGGGUUUGCCCCAUCAUGGCAAAUAUGGAAAUCCAGAUCACACCACUGAUAGCAAGGGACAAAGCAGUGGCACAACUAACAAAGACAAGAGUUCGUCCGUUUAUCAUAAUGAAACAGUGGAACCUUGCAAUCUCAGCUCAUCUAUCUACUAUGGAGGCCAAGAAAAUUAUUCUCCAAGGAAGAAGACCACUGAGUCUCCCCAUUAUUUCAAGAAGGAUGGGGGAGAUGAUGAUCCCAAUGGAAACAAUUCUGGUGGUGCUUCAAGAGGGAAUUGGUGGCAGGGUAUGAAAGCUGUGGAUUUUUGUUGAUAAACAAAAUACUCUUCACUGUCCAUAAAAAUUAUAGAAUUGAACAAUCUUUAAUCAAUUUAUUCUUUGUUUGUACAGGCUCACUUUAUUACUAACAUCUUAAUCCAAAAUAAUGCAAACUUUCCAUCCCAAUACUUUAAGGUAUAUGUUAAAAAUUUCCUGAUGGAUCUCCUUUUUGCUUUAUCUGUAUAUAUAUGCACCCUUCUGUUUUACAUUUUUUUUUUCUACAUUCACCACUUUGAAAAUUUAUUCAUAGAGGAUUCAACUGACAAGGAAAAGAAAUCACCCCACCUUAUUUGUGCUCGACUUUUAUGCAUAUGCCUGUUACAGGCCAAACAAAAAUAUAGCAAUAAUAAUAACAGUUAAAAAACACAGAAACCAAUUUUCUUUUAUGUUCUUGGCAUAAUAUUUCUUCUUUUAGUCUAGCAUACUUCCAUAUUUCUUUGAUCAAGCUGCUUGAAAUUAUAUCUGUGGACUAUUUUGCAGGAACACUAGCAGCGUAAUUAAUCGUAUUAUUACUAUGGAAAUAAGCUGGUACAUAGCUAGCAAUACAGUAGAAGCAUAUAGAGCAUAACACAGCUUAGGACUUUGAGGAAGCAUGUUGACCCUGUAAGCUGUUAUAUUUAGGGCAGACAGCUCGGAGCAUGCCGGAAUCAUGUAUUAUACGUUUAUCUACUUUUCUUUUGCCUGACUAAUCUAAUCUUCUUGUUCUGAACUAUGGUCCGUGGGAUUUUUCCCACAAGAAAAUGGAUUACUAUAACUAUAUAUUGACAUAUAUAGUAUACCCUUCUCUCAUCUUGAUUUCACUUUCAAGAUUGGAUGCAUUUUAGCAUCUUAUAUACAAUGAAUGAUCACAAAGAGAAGUUAUAUGUUGCCAACAGUCAUGUGAUCUGUAGUUCCGGUGACUGGAUUCAAAUUCUGGUUUCCAUAUUCUGGUUUAUUUUAUAGGAAUCAUGCAAGAUAAGGGUUUCAAGAAUUCCAUUUAUUGGGGAGAGGUUUUUGA